CUUCAAACUAUUUGCUCAGCUGUAAAACCUUUUUUCGGAGUCAGCUUCGUUUUAUCUUUUAGUAGAAUAGUUACCAUUUGGGAUUCACAGGGUUAACAUCAAACUGAAGAUGUAUCUCCAUUAUUUUUUUGUAUUCAGCUUAGUCUGCAGUAUUAUUCUAGUUCAAGUUCAGACUCAACAGAAUGCUACGAGCAACGCAACCAAUAUCCAUGGGAAUAAUACUAGAAGACACAUCAUGGUACGGAAAUUGCACGCUGAUGAGAAGCUGGGUAAAGGAAUGAUGAGUAUAGUGAUACACAAGAUUCAACCCGGGCACUCCUACUACAAGGUGUUUGAUGGCGAUGAGGAGGCAGCGCGUGGAUUCACCAAUAAGAUAUGGAACCGUUUGUUUAAUCGCUAUAGCACAAUGCGCAUAUAAAUUAUUAGUCUUAAUUCUAGUUACGUAUGCGGAAUAAGUUAGCUUAAGUUAUAAUUAUAAAGCUAGAAUUGAAUAUGGAUUCCUCGUCGGGUGUGGAAUCCUUUGUGUGCAGGCAGGCGCUAGAUCUGGUGUAGAAAACCUC